AAUACAAGGACUGCUUGAUUCUUAAGUACUUAAACAGCUUCAGAUCUCUAGACAAUCGUAGCUAGGUUUUACCUUUUGUUCUUAUUCUCAACUAAGCUCCCAGCUCGAUGCGCAUACCAUCUUCACACGUUACGAAGGCAUUGCGAGCGGAAACACAUAGAAGACUACCUACCUACCCCAAGCAUAUCACACCACAAUGAAGGCCGAAUUCCAAAACUGGUGGCGGAGCCAGACCGUCCAUCCAUCUCGUCUCCAGCCCACAGUACCCAUCUGCCCGUGCGCAGCUUGCUUCAACGGCACGGGACACGGUCAAGAAGUCUUUAGGGAUCCUAUAGAUCCCGGCGAGGUUCUACCACCGAGAAGUAAUACGAGCGCUGCCAUUGUUGAGAAGCCGAGGGAGGAAGGGUCUAAAUUAAAACUCGUGAAGAAGCCGUGGUAUAAGCAAGCCAGCAGUCUAGCCCGCAAGCCAAGCAUGGCAAGUGUGGCUUCAGACUUGGUUCCCUUAUGCUCAACACCAACAACUUCAACUCAGCGAGUUAGUUUUAGUUCGGAGACCACGGCUUGAGAUUCGAUUCUGAGUUCAUCAGCAAGGAUGCUAAAUCCCGAGCACCCUUGCAACAACGCCUCAUAAGGCGACGAAGGAAUGAAGAAUACCCGCGUAUAAACUUUUCGGCGCAAAGGAGUGUUUAGCGUUUUAUUUUGUUAGCGUUCAGCUGUGGCUGCGGCAACUAGGUGAAAAAUCUAGCCGCUACUUAGAGGUAUUAAUGUGUGGCGUUAUCAUGGGAACGGUUUACUAGAAAGGGGAAAGACGUAUUGCCAAGUUUUGUGCGGGCUUACCCGUUCUGUCGGGGCUUUUCUUAGGGCGCUUAGUGGCUUAUCGAUACCCUAAAAGAUGGAUUCGUUAGGUGAGC